AAGCGCGCUUGACUUCUGAGAACUGAAGCACUCUUGCACAAGUUCAAGUUGUGAGAACCUUCUACAGCACCUACUUAUAUUAGAACAUGGACAACAAUCGGUCUACAGCAGGAACCUCGUUAGCUACGGGCUUGGAUGAUCUUGCUUCUUAUCUAGAAAAAAGUUCUCAUGUCGUCCAAGAGUAUACCGACAUCAUCGAGCACAAGUAUGCACGUCCGGCAUUGAACAAAAUUUCCAAAUACUUCCAAGCUCAGCCGUUGACAAUGUCGAGACCAUGUUCGGUGCGCAUAGAUCUUUUCCUCAAUUUUCGAUGCGUCGCUGAACUUCCCACAGCUGCGGUUCUCCUCUCGAUACUGGGAGGCCUCUUACUCUUCUCUUUCACCUUAACAUCAGCCGGCGCGAUGGCAUAUCUUACCUUCCGUCUCGGACGACACCUCCAAACACGGGGACGCUCCGGAAUAGCAGAAUGGGCUCAUGAAACAAGACAACACUUCACUUCUGUGUCUGUGAAAUCUGAAGACAAUGAUGAUUCGGAUUCGGGCGUUCUUGUUGCACCUGGGGUUCACGACCAAUCUUCCGGCUCUUGAUGCUAUACUCCGUUGUUCGGUUGAAUUCCAUACAAAUGGAAAUUCUGUUCAUUCAUGCCUCUCGCAUUUCUCUGCUGCAUAAUCCUCUCUUUUGCAGCACGUUCAUCACGUCAUUUUUUCGUUGCUGACCGAGUUUACUCACUGUAUCGUUCGUAAUUUGCACUUGCACACCUGCACCGAGUACUGUAUGUGUACUAUAGCUCUAUCGCAUGCUGUCGAUUUGA